AUGAAGUAUCUAUCACACGAGAAAAUACCGCAGCUUCGUAACCAUACGAUUUUGCCGCUCAUGUUAAACACUGAACGGGACGAAGAUUUGGUCGAACAUAAAGCUGGUAGUCUACAAAACGAGACGGCGUUAAAGCAGUUGACGGCAUUCAAUAAAGUCGUGAACUAUGUGCUGGAUUUGGUAUCCAAGUCCAGGGAAGAGUGGAAAGUAGAAACCGGCGCGCAGAUUGGUAUCAAUCAAACUUCAUCAAUGGCCGAUUUGCAUACUCAUAUAUCUGGUGGGAGCAUAGAUAAAAAUUUAAAACCAACUGUGCAACAAGUUUCUCCCGGUAGUAUGAUGGUACCCGCUUCCGGAAGACCGGUAACACCGGGCAUGGGUCCAAGUACUCCGCCAAUGGGUCUGAUGCCCAAGCAACCUCCAGGAGUUAAAGCCAAUGCCAAGGAAUCGCUUCCGUAUCCAUAA